CUACUUCUUCUCAGUUCGUCGGCGUUGGGUUUGGUUUGGACUGAUCUGCCGUAGAGGAAGUAGAAUUAUCCCUGGGAAUGACUAGGAGGUGCGAGCAAAUCAGGACCACUUUACUAAAGUCGUUUCACCACGUUUUAGCUGCAGCCUCUCAACAGCUUUUGGUGUACUGAAGAUGCUCCGAUUUUAGAGUGUCUGAUGUCGAGGACAUGUGGGCAACUGCUGUCCGGCUAACCCCGCUAGCAUAUAGUUUUUAUGAUAUUAAACAUACCCGAAACACAACAACAGAAAGAGAGACACACACCAACUGCGUCAUGACCGAUGAUGUGAUGUUAAAUGUACCGGUCAUCCGGCAGCAAUAUCACUGGGACUGUGGGUUGGCAUGUUCGAGAAUGGUACUAGAAUAUUUACAUCCAGUAAGUGAGGAGGAAUUUCAGGGAGCGUGUUUGGACUUAGAGUUCACAGAAAGCGUGUGGACUAUUGACCUGGCUUAUCUCAUGUGUAAGCUAGGAGUCAGGCAUCGCUUCUGCACGCAGACACUAGGUGUGGACAAGGGCUUCAGGAACCAGUCCUUCUACAAAAAACAUUUUGACACGGAGGAGGACAGGGUGAAUGAACUCUUUCUGAAGGCUGAAAGCAAAGGAGUCGUGGUGAAAAAAGGCUCGCUUACUGUUCAGGAGAUCCAGAGCCACCUGGAGCAGGGUAAUGUGGCCAUCGUGCUGGUCAAUGCAAUGGUGUUGGUGUGUGAGCUGUGCUCUACUCCUGUCAAAUACUGCUGUUUCCUCCCUGUGGGUCAGAAGUGCUUCUGCAGGAAGCCAGAUUACCAGGGCCACUUUGUGGUAGUGUGUGGAUUUAACCACAAGACGGGCAGCAUCUUCUACAACAAUCCGGCUUACUCGGAUCGUGUGUGCUGCACAAGUUUUAGUAAUUUUGAAGAGGCCAGACGGAGCUACGGAACGGAUGAGGACAUUCUAUUCAUCUACAAAGACGGCUGAGUCUUUCACAAUGACUGCUUCUAAACAAACAUGCAAUCAAAACGUACCCUUUGUAUCCACUGUGGUUGACUGGGUAGCAUUUUUGCACUGCUGGCCAAUAGCAGGUACUGUAGUAUGUGUCACCUCUGCUAUGGUCCUCCGAGCCAUAGCAUCGCACAAAACAUUACUAUGGUGCUACAUCGGCCACAGAAUUAUAGGUUAUGAAAUGUUAACGCAGAAAGGAAAGGGAGAUGAAAUCAUUUUUAAGCUUAUGCUAAGUAUAUGUUACUCAUCACCAUUACUGUGAUGUGGACAAAUAUGUUUAGCUACAGCUCGCAUUAUUUUUGUAGUAUCUGCUGCUGUCCCACAGUUCGAGGUAAAGGAGUGUAAAUAAUGUUACUGUAAAGAUUUCAUAUAUUUUUUUCUCAUGUAAGCCACCUAAGUGUGUAUAAUUCAACAUGAAUUAUCUUAAAGGGAUAGUUCACCCUAAAAUGAAAAUUCUCUCAUCAUUUACUCACCCUCAUGCCAUCCCAGAUGUGUAUGACUUUCUUUCUUCUGCUGAACACAAAUUAAUAUUUUUAGAAGAAUAUCUCAGCUCUGUUGGUCCAUACAAUAAAAGUGAUCAAGCCUUUGAAGCUCCAGAAAGCAGAUAAAGUCAGUAUAGAAGUAAUCCAUAUAUCUGCUGAAGCGAUCUAUUUGGUUUGGGGUGAGAGCAGACCAAAAUAUAAUAAAUAUUUCACUGUACAUCUUGACAGCAGUCUUCUUAGCGAUUUUAUGAUUUCAAGCUUGAUUACACUUCCUAUAGCACCAUCUAGCGGUCCGCACAUGCGUCAAGCACUAGGAACUGUAAAUCAUGAUUGUGCCUAAAAAGUGCAAUGGCAAGAUGUACAGUGAAAAGGGAGUUAUAUUUUGGUCUUGUUCUCACCCGAAACCAACAGGAUCAAGCCAUUGAUUAAACCACUGGAGAUUUAUUUAUUGCUUUCAUGCUCCCUUUAUGUGCUUUUUGGAGCUUCAAAGUUUUGAUCACCAUUCACUUACAUUGUUUGGACCUACAGAGAAUUUUCAUUUUUGGGUUUAUUAUCUCUUUAAUUAUUGUAAAAGAGUGAAACUAUUAUUUUAAAACUCAGGUAACCUUUGUUAAAUAUUGAAGGAUAAAUUAUGUCCCACUAUUAGGAAAUAAACAUUUAAUAGGUGCACUAUAUUGUCUGAAUUCACAUCUCCGGUGAUUUUCUCUAGAACAAAAUCACCUGGAUGUUUCUCAUAACCUCAUGUAGAAUUAAUACCAAGAUUGAGUGUGUCUGUUUAAUGAGUGAUACUGGCUGAACUGUGAACCUUGACCAUAAUAUCACACAACUAUCCUAAACUCACUCAUCGCACCAGUAUAUGAGGAAGUCUCUGUGUAAAUUACAAUAUUAUUGUUUGAUCUUCUCAAUAUAUUGUGUUUGUGUAAUUAAUAGUAACCACACAUUAAGUUAAUGGCUCCAAAGGUGAAAAGGAACCCUACGUUUAGCUUAGUCUCAGAGGUUUACUGUCAGGUGUUUUGUAGAAUAGUUGUGUGCCAAUUGAAAUAGUCACAAGUGGUGUGAAUGCGUUUGCUCUUUGCUAUCUUGUAAAUGCACUAUGAGUGCUCAUUGGUUUAAAUGGUUCAAUCUUCAAUGAUGGUUAGUUAAAAAUGGCUGAUGAAUGAAAAGCGUAGUGUUCUAACAGUUAUGUAUUUAAUCUUUGAUCAUUCAGGUUAAAAUUUUGUCCUUUGAUUUUUAAGACAUUGCAUCAGGUAUACAAUUACAUCAGCUUGUGCUUUUUUUUUUUAAAGAACAUAAGGAAUGUUAAAAUGGCAAACUUUAUUUUUAAUGAAAUACAUUGUUGCAUUUAU